AUGGGAAUCGACGUUUCUUUGCAGCGCGUCCCACGUCCCUCCCAACCCCUCGACGCGUUUGAAAAUGUUAAAUUGAAUCGAACGUCGCCCCUCAUCGUCCUGCCUCUCGGUCCCAGUCCAAGUUUUUCCGCACGGCCCAACUCCAAGUUUUUCCGCACGGGGCCCAAGGUCCCUGGUAACGUCUUCAAGCUCGCGUUCGAGAAUUUCGGCCGCGAGUACGCGGCCCUUCGUAGCAACGUUCUUUACGAGGAGCUCAGCGACGUGCGAACCGACAACAUCAAGAGAGAUGGCAGGCAACUUGCCCUCGCGUACGCGGGUCGCUUCCUCGUCUCAACGCUCAAGUUCUUUGACAAGCUCCUCACGCUCUACGAUGGUCUUCCCGAGAUCAAGCCCCCUCCUGCUGUAAGCCUUCCUUGUAUAGGGAUGCCCGAGGAGAGUGAGGCGCUGAGGCAAAAGCUGCAGCAGCUGACGCUGAGCAACAUGCCCGAGGGGAGUGAGGCGCUGAGGCAAAAGCUGCAGCAGCUGACGCUGAGCAACAUGCCCGAGGGGAGUGAGGCGCUGAGGCAAAAGCUACAGCAGCUGACGCUGAGCAACGCGCUGAGGCAAAAGCUGCAGCAGCUGACGCUGAGCAACGAGGCGGUGGCUAAGCGGGAGGAGGACCGGCCCCAGGUGGAGGCGCCUGGGUGGAUCCUGCUCCCCUACAAACUCUGUGCUGGCGGUGCCUCGUGGGCUCAGGUGGAGGCGCCUGGGUGGAUCCUGCUUCCCUACAAGCUGCUGUGCUGGAUGCUUGAUGUGAUCUUUUACAAUCGCCCCAUCCAACGGUUCUGGUUCCUCGAGACGGUGGCACGCAUGCCCUACUUCUCCUACAUCUCCAUGCUUCACCUCUACGAGACCCUCGGAUGGUGGAGGAUCGGCAUGGAGGUUCGGAAGGUGCAUUUCGCAGAGGAGUGGAACGAGAUGAACCACCUCAAGAUCAUGGAGUGGAGGAUCGGCAUGGAGGUUCGGAAGGUGCAUUUUGCAGAGGAGUGGAACGAGAUGAACCACCUCAAGAUCAUGGAAUCCCUCGGCGGCGACCGGCUCUGGAUCGACCGCUUCUUUGCGCAGCACGCCGCCAUCCUCUACUAUUGGGUCCUAAACUUCAUGUUCUUAAUCUCCCCGCGCACCGCGUACAACUUCUCGGAGCUGAUCGAGGCGCAUGCGGUGGACACGUACGGCGAGUUUGUGGAUGAGAAUGCGGAGCUGCUGAAGACGUUGCCGCCGUCCCCAGCAGCUAUUGCUUACUACAACAGCGACGACCUGUACAUGUUCGAUGAAUUUCAAACGUCUCGAGUUCCUGAGUCCCGGCGGCCCAAAAUCGAGAGCCUGUACGAUGUCUUCUGUGCCAUCAGGCUGUCCUGUUCAAAUCCUUUCCCCUCAACCCUCACACCCUCCUCCUCAUCACAUCAGGACGAUGAGAUGAAGCAUGACGACGAGAUGGAGCAUGUGAAGACAAUGUCUGCCUGUCAGCAGCUAGACUCUGUCGUGCGCUCGCCCAACCGCCCGGGCUACGCACCUCUGCCCUCCCCUGCUGACGUGUACUUUGAAGGCCUGGUGGCGAAAACCUCAUCCUCCACAUCAGCAUCAUCUCCUGCCAAGGCAACAUCAGCCUCUGCAGCUGCAUCUGCGUUCAGUGCAGCUGUUGGUGAAUCUAAGUUGCCCAAGGAUGUCCUUCCUCAGGCACUCAAGUCGCAAGGAGAGUCCCUGAAGUGA